GUUGAUCUACACGCUGCGACUGCAGGUAUUUGAGGUGCUCACGCUCGCUCUCGGCAUAAUCGUCGUGAUGCGCAAGAGCCACGCGCCGCCGUCCGACGACUCCAAGGUGGAGCCACCAUCGGCGAUCGCUCGCAAGGCGCUCACAAACACCGUCGAACAGCUGCUGCUGUGCGUCAUCUGCCAGGGGGCGCUGGCGACGUACCUCGACGAGGCGACGAUGAAGCUCAUCCCACUACUCGUCACGCUCUUCGUCUUCGGCCGCGUCACCUUCUACGUCGGCUACCUGGGGGCGCCACCGACGCGGCGCGCGUACGGGUUCGCGGCGACGUACUUCCCGACGGUGGUGACGAUGUUCUGCUGCGUGUAUUACGCGGUCGCGCGCGGCCCGGGGUACGGGCUGGGUGGUCGCGGAGAUUAGAUACCUCUCCUCCUCCCCUCCCCUCCCCUCCCCUCCCCUCCUUCCGCGCGCGGCUCAAGGUACGGUGGUCGCGGAGGUUAGAUACCUCUCCCCUCGCCCCUCCCUUCCCCUCUCCGUGCGCGGCCCGGGGUACGGGCUGGGUGGUCGCAGAGGUUAGAUACCUCUCCCCCUCCCCUCCCCCUCCUCGCCCCUCCCUUCCCCUCUCCGUGCGCGGCUCGGGGUACGGGCUGGGUGGUCGCGGAGGUUAGAUACCUCUUUCUGUUUCCUCCCCUCCACUCCCUCUCCUCUCCUUCUCUUUCCUCACCGUUCUUCCUUCCGCUCCCCUCUCCUUCCCUCCUUCCUUCUCUUUCCCUCCAACCCCUCCCACCCCUCCCAUCCUAGUACUACCCGGGGUACAGGAUUUAGCCAGCGUGUCUAGCUUGCUCUCCCUCAGUGUUAGAAUGCACGUACAUCUGUAGUAUGUCUAUCUCUAUAGAUAUAUGAAUAUAUAUAUAUUAUAUAUACGCUUGCUGCUGCUGUUUCAUCGGUGUAUUGGUGCGUGUAUAUUUCAGUGUUAGUUCGCGCGUAUAGCUAUGGAUAUGUAUGUAUAGCUAUAGCUAUAUAUAGAUAUAUAGAUAUAUAGUAUAGCUAUGGAUAUAUACGCGCUGUUUCGGAGUGUAUUAUUCAGUGUACGUGUCCGUCUUACCUCGCGCGUAUAUAUAUCUAUAUGCCACUAUAGUAUAUUGAGUGUUGGAAACAGCAAGCCCGUCCUUCAGUCAGGCUGCGCUAACUUCUGAGCGGGACCGACUAACCUUUUUAUGAUAUGUUAGAUGACAUGGAAAAAAAUUAACCGUUUUACGUGCGGCAUGAAAACUAUGUAGUUUCUUGUGACAGGGUUGUAAUAAUCGUGUAAUGUUCCGUAGCUAGUUAUAGAUAGAUGGGUAGGUAUAGAUGUGGACGCAUCUGUUGCACAAAUAUUGCGAAUGAACAUGUUACGCACAGUUUUGCACUGAUUAUAUAAAUCGACUAUAAAACACAC